AUGUAUUUUUACCACAAUAGGAAAUUGGGAAAAAAUGGUGUAAUUGGAGAUGAGAAACCAUCCAACGGUGUUCCGGUCCACAUGGUGAAGUUGCUGAUCAGGACCUUUCUAGAUGGCAUUUUUGAUGACUUGAUGGAAAAUAAUGUGUUAAAUACAGAUGAGAUACACCUUAUAGGAACAUGUCUAAAAUUUGUGGUGAGCAAUGCUGAAAACCUGGUUGAUGAUAUCACUCAGACAGCUCAAAUUGCAGGGAAAAUAUUUAGGGAACACUUGUGGAAUUCCAAAAAACAGUUGAGUUCAGAUAUAUCCAGUGAUGGAGAAAGAGGGCCGAACACUCUUGGCCUCAUCAUCUGCAACAAAGAAUUCAACUAUCUUCAUAAUCAAAAUGGUUCUGAACUUGACCUUUUGGGGAUGCAAGAUCUACUUGAAAACCUUGGAUACUCAGUGGUUAUAAAAGAGAAUCUCACAGCUCAGAAAAUGGAAACAGCACUAAGGCAGUUUGCUGCUUGCCCAGAGCACCAGACCUCAGACAGCACAUUCCUGGUGUUUAUGUCACAUGGCAUCCUGAAUGGAAUCUGUGGGACUAAGCACUGGGAUCAAGAGCCAGAUGUUCUUCACGAUGACACUAUCUUCGAAAUUUUCAACAACCGUAACUGCCGGAGUCUGAAAGACAAACCCAAGGUCAUCAUCAUGCAAGCCUGCCGAGGCAAUGGUGCUGGGAUUGUUUGGUUCACCACUGACAGUGGAAAAGCCAGUGCAGAUACACGUGGUGGGCUCUUGCAAGGUAACAUCUGUAAUGAUGCUGUUACAAAGGUUCAUGUGGAAAAGGACUUCAUUGCUUUCAAAUCUUCCACACCACAUAAUGUUUCUUGGAAACAUGAAACAAAUGGCUCGGUCUUCAUUUCCCAAAUUAUCUACUACUUCAAAGAGUAUUCUUGGAGUCAUCAUCUAGAGGAAAUUUUUUGAAAGGUUCAACAUUCAUUUGAAAACCCAAAUAUACUGACACAGUUGCCCACCAUGGACAGAGUAUCCAUGACACGAUAUUUCUAUCUCUUUCCUAGGAAUUAA